UGCAAGGGUGCUAUAGACGCACAAAACGACCAAGAGCCACAAAUCAAGCACACAUAUCAAAAAACAAAUGAGCUCUUAUUUUGUAAACUCAUUUUGCGGUCGCUAUCCAAAUGGCCCGGCCAAUGGCAUGGACCUCAGCGUCGGGCGCUCUGCUUCCACCCACUUUGGUGCCAAUGAGAGACCCCGCAGUUACCCGGCCAACACCACCUCUGCCUCGACAGAGCCCAGGUACAACCAGCCCGCGACGUCUUCCCACUCGCCUCCCCCUGACCCUCUGCCCUGCACCGCCGUGGCCGGUUCGCCUGUCAGCGAGAGUCACCACGGGGUGAAAAACUCCCUCGCCAACUCCACCAGCACUUCGUCCAAUUCCAGCAGCAACACGCACAUCAGCAGAGACGGGGUUGGCACCGCGUCUGGGACUGAGGAAGACACUCCAGCAAGCAGCGAGCAGGCAAGUGCCCCGACCGACCAAAGCACAGCCCAGCCUUCACAGCCCCAGAUCUACCCCUGGAUGCGAAAACUGCACAUAAGUCAUG